UAUAUAUUUAUUAUUAAUUAUUAUAACUCGCAACUUUGUUAAAUUAAAUUAAUUCUCUCUCUUGCAGAAACGCUUGCUUUGCUUGCUUGUUUGUUUAUCAUCCAUUUUGAGAUCGAAAUCGAAACGUAGAUGUUAUCACAACUUCGUUUCAUGUUUCGAAAUCAAAGAUGAGUAGUGUAAACAACAACAGUGUCGACACCGUUAACGCCGCCGCAACCGCCAUAGUUUCAGCUGAGUCUCGUCUCCAGCCCACCGCCGUCCAGAAAAGAAGAUGGGGAAGCUGCUGGAGCCUUUACUGGUGUUUUGGAUAUCAUAAAAGUAGCAAGCGAAUUAGCCAUGCUGUCCUUGUUCCUGAACCAGUUGUAACAGGAGCUGCAGCCCCAGUCGCGGAAAAUCUGACCCACUCAACUGCUAUUGUGCUUCCCUUUAUUGCUCCUCCCUCUUCGCCCGCAUCUUUCCUUCAAUCUGAUCCUCCAUCUGCCACCCAGUCACCUGCUGGAUUGCUGUCCCUUACUUCCUUCUCCAUCAAUGCCUACUCUCCUGGUGGACCUAGAUCCAUUUUUGCCAUAGGCCCUUAUGCACAUGAAACCCAGCUAGUCACACCUCCUGUAUUUUCGGCCUUCACUACUGAACCAUCUACUGCUCUGUGCACUCCCCCGCCCGAAUCUGUUCAACUGACAACACCUUCAUCCCCUGAAGUGCCAUUUGCUGAAUUGUUGACAUCUUCACUGGAACGUGCUCGAAGAAACAGUGGGACCAAUCAGAAAUUUUCAUUAUCUCAUUACGGAUUUCAGUCAUAUCAGCUGUACCCAGGAAGCCCAGGUGGUCAACUCAUAUCCCCAGGCUCAGCAAUCUCUAAUUCUGGAACUUCUUCUCCUUUCCCAGAUAGACUUCCUAUUCUUGAGUUCUGUAUGGGGGAAGCUCCCAAGCUCUUGGGCUUCGAACAUUUUACUACUCGGAAAUGGGGUUCAAGGCUAGGUUCAGGAUCUCUAACUCCGGAUGGUGUAGGGCUUGGUUCAAGGAUGGGUUCAGGAUCUUUGACUCCUGAUGGCGUGGGGCUUGGUUCAAGGCUGGGUUCAGGAUCUUUGACACCUGAUGGUGUGGGGCCUGCCUCCCGGGAUGGAUUUCUUCGGGAGAACCAGAUUUCUGAGGUAGCAUCAAGUGCCAAGUCGGAGAAUAAAUUUAAAAACGAAGAACAUAUAAUUGAUCACAGAGUAUCAUUUGAGCUUAGUGGUGAAGAAGUUGCGCGUUGUCUUGCUAAUAAAUCAGUUUCAUCACCAAGAAUUAUAGCAGAGUGUCCUAAGGACACAGUGGCAGAGGGCCAAAUACAAAGAAAAGGGAAAUUAACAGAUAGUGAAGAUCGUUUUGAGUUGUAUACUACAGAUACUUCCAAUGAAAUGCCUGAAAAAACUUUGGGAGAAGUGGAAGAGGAGCAUUUUUAUCGAAAGCAUCGAUCGAUCACUCUUGGGUCAAUCAAAGAGUUCAACUUUGACAACACUGAAGGAGAAGUCUCCGAUAAGCCCGCAAUCAGCUCUGAGUGGUGGGCCAAUGAGAAGGUUGUUGGAAAGGAAGCUAGACCUUCCAACAACUGGACUUUCUUCCCAGUGCUCCAAUCAGAGGUCAGCUGAAAGUUAAAUUCUGCUAAAUGACUUCACCUCUAAGCUUGGACUAUAAAAUAUAUAUUUCAGUGCUAAAAGCAGCUAGCCUAAUGGAUGUAACUCUGAAGGUUAUGCCAUCUUUUUUAUACAGCUUGGCAGGUGUUAUGAUCUACUGCAGAGUUGAGAGGACUGUGUCUAAUCCCUUAUGCAUAGAGAAAGGUAGUUUGUAGGGAUGGUUAGUGUGGGUUUUGUUAGAGCAUUCUUUUUAAUAUUUCUUUACCUGAUGUUAUACCAAAAAAAAAAAAAAAAAAAAAAAAAAUUGCAUCCGCAUAUAGGUGUUGAAUUAAGGAAUAUUUUUUUUCCUGUCAUGUGUAAUAAUGAGAAAUAUUAUUUUUCUGCUUUAAGAAUCCUGUUCAUAUGUUUGAUGGUCAUGGUCUUGUACUCCAUGCAAUUCACAUAUAGGUAGGAGCUUGCAUUAGAUAUGCUUUUGCACUUGGGGUUCCCAUUCAGUAUCAUCCUCCAUUAUCAAUCUAUUUGCCUGUUGGAUGCUGUAAUUCCGCGUUUUGAAUAAUCCAUUGCAAGCUGCAAACUUAUGCCAAAAGUUGCCAUUGCAAAUCUAAU